AUGGCCAGCGCGUCUAUAACGCGUCCAUCUCAUUUCGAUGAGCCUGAGGUGCCGGGUAUUCUCACCCAAACCAUCCUUGCCAGUCCAGUGAUCAAAUGGAUUCUACCAGCGCGUCUUAGAAACAAGAAUCACAAUGAUGUUGUGUUUGUUGGAGAGAAGCGGGUUCAGAUUAAAGAAGCAAUACCUACAGGUUCUCUUGAGGAUGUGGCCGAGAAGACAGAUUUUCCAGGCUCGAUCGGCGCAGCAAAGGUUCUUAAUGUGAGCACGGAGCUCCCUCUGGAAUCACAAAUUCAAUCUGAGGCUGCAUAUGAUGGUCCAUCACAGAUUCUUGUGCUUGCUGUGGACAUGAAAGAGUUGCAAUUCGUCUAUUGUUGCCCGUCAAAGCCUAAUGAGUUCGUCACUUUUCGUCGCCCAUUCCCAGUCAAUGUGAGCUUGGAAAUGCGAUUUGGCAAGCACAUCGCUGUUGAUCCAAAGUCUCGUGCUGUCGCAGUAUGUGCACCAAAAGACUUCUUUGGAAUCAUGCGGCUUAAAUCUCCUCGUGAAGCUCAGUCGCAGAUGGCUAACGGGACACUGGACCCCAUCGAAGAGGAAAAAUUCUAUCGAAUUGAAGGAACCAUCAUGUUCAUGGAAUUUCUUUAUCCCAAGACUGCUGACGAUAAAAACAUUAUGCUGCUUCUAAUCGUGCAACUAGACGGUGUCACUGAUGCUGUGAUCUAUGUGUGGAAAGACAACGAACGUCUCAGUGCUAAGGAGCCAGAAAUACAUGAUUUCAAACUUCGCAAGCAGCACAGGUUGCCGACCAUGAUCGUCCCGCUGACCAAGGAAUCGUCUUUUUUGGUCCUUACUACCACGUCCAUGGCAGUCUAUUCUCUUGAUGGCGGAGCACGCCAUACAAAAUACCCCUUCCUCGCCCCCAACUCAGAUAUAAGUGCCGCAUCGAUGUGGACUCGGUGGGCAAGACCGGCCCGCAACUGGCUGUACAGUCAGUCCCAUGAUGGAAUCUAUCUUUGCCGCGAGGACGGCUGGAUUUAUCUUCUGGAGUUCGGCAAUGAGGGAAAUUUAGAAAAUCAAACUUCCCUGGGCCAGAUCCACUGUGAUGUUGAUAUGGCGUUUGAUGUCCUCGACAUGGGCUCCCAAGGUGGUGACUUCAUCCUGGCAUCGGGUAGCACUGGUGAUGGCGGACUAUUUGUACAAGAGGCUCGAGCUGGCCCGAGGUGUGUGCAAAGAUUCUUCAACUGGGCCCCAGUUCGGGAUGGUACCAUGGUCUCCCCAGUGACCCAAAGUACAUCCUAUGGAGGAAUUGCCAGUAAUCGUCUUUUUGCUUGCUCUGAUUCCACAGCCAACCGUGGCGCGCUCCAUGAGUUUCGAUGGGGGUUUGAGGCUCAACAGGGUUUCAACGUGCCGCUUGAUGAUUUUUCGAGUAUCCGAGACAUGUGGACUAUGUCUGAAGUUGUGAACGGUGGUGUUUUCAUCCUACUUUCCGAUCCCCUUUCGACCUUGCUUCUCUACUUGAACCAGGAUAUGGACGAAUCAAUCAUCGCCCUUGAAGAAGAACAGACAGGACUGGACAGUAGACAAACUUUGGCUGCAGGAUACACCCAUGAUGGCGUUCUUAUUCAGGUUACUGAAGAAGCAACUCAUCUGUUCGCUCUCCACAACACCUCUUUGAAUACACGUGUGUCGCACAAAGACCGGGUCGCUAUCCUCACAGUAGCUGUUGAUGGGCCAAAAUCAGCAGUGGUUACCGCUGUGCGGUAUCAAGAACAGGCAUUUAUCUACAUGACUAAAAUAUUUGUCACCGGAGAUGAUGAAAUUCGCUUGGAUGUUGGUGAGCCUGUCAAUAUUGCCAAAGAGCCCAUUUGCCUUUCUCUGCAAACAUUUGGGGAUAUGACAUUUCUCUUCUUGGGUAACCCCGAUGGCACUAUUGACGUUUUUCUGAUUGAGAACAACGCUCCCGCCUUUUUGUUCGAGACUUCUAUUACCCUUGAAGGUAAUGCCGACUUAUCCACGGUCGUUGAAAGCUUCGCGACCAUCCGGACUACUUCGGCAAAUGGCACUUUACGCGCAUUCCUCCUUUGUGGAUUGCGAAGUGGGAUGCUUGUCUCAUUUGAAGUGGAUUUCAAUGCUAACAACUUGAUCGGACUACAACAGAAGGAGGCAAAACGAAUCGGAACAACGUCUAUUCGACUCAAAGAGAAAAGCACGUUCGUUCUACUCACAUGUGGAGAUGAGUUAUGGCAUGUGUCAUACCGUUCGGACUGCAUUCCCUCUGAGUAUUCCAUUCGACGGGUCUGGAUCACAGAUCAGAGCAAUCCUGCAUAUUUCCCCGUUUCUAUCCAUGGUUUUGAUCUUAUCGACCCACAUAACCCAGAGGCAGGAGCUCCGUUGGGAGAUCUAUUCUGCUUCGCAGACCGACAGCUUCUGGUAUGCUCUCUGAGCAAAGAAGCUAAGAUGGUUCCACGACGCAUCGGUUUGCCUGGAAAACCACAGAAAAUGGCAUACUCGACUAUUCUCCAGGCUUUAAUCGUGUCAUACAACAUUUCCAGUGUAGAGGAUCCCGAAAAUCCCCUCACCAAGACGGUAAAAUCUUUCAUCGAAUUUGUGGAUCCGGAUUCACAGAGCUCUGUGGUCCACAAUAACUCCGAUCCACCUUGUUGGAGACCCGAGUCGGCUCGUGGGGAGACAGUCUCUUGCAUCCUGGAUUGGACAUUUGAAAGAGAUGGGAAAACCUACUACAUGGUGGCCAUUGGAACGUCCAUGCCGGUUUUGUACCACAAUGACCCCCAACAGGGUAGGCUCAUUCUACUUGCCCCUCGACGAGACCCAUUCGAACCAUACAAAAUCAAUUGCGUGACUCAAUUCACCCGAAUAAUGCAAGGUCCAAUCCAUGCACUGGCGGCCUACGAAGAUAGUCUCAUAAUCGGGGCGGGUAACUUCCUGGUCCCUAUGGCAUCCAAGGCUGCAUCUACAACGUGGCAUAAAACGGCCCCUACAGAACUCCCAUCUGCGGUGGUUUCCAUCUCUAUUCAUGGGAACUUCAUAUUUACGCUGACUGCGCGACAUUCAUGGCUAGUAUUGGAGAUUGUUAACCAACCAGGACUCAAUGAGAGUUCUGUAAUGUUGGCCCGCGGAUGGGAUCGCAUAGAACGUGACGGAUUGAAUCAUUUGAUCUCCCAUGAUGACCAACCCGUCCUCUACAUGAGCCACCGCGGUGGUCGAGUCUGUGCCACCACGCUUAACGAGACACAAUGGAGCCGGGACACCGUCAACAAGAUCAACCAACCCAACGCUAUUGCGGAAGCCAAGCUUCAUGAGUCAGUACUGCGCUUUGUUCCCGGGAAUAAAAUGGAUAGCAGUUUAUACGGAUUCACCGUUCUUGGCUCUAUCUACCGGUUUGUUCUGCCCAACGCAGAUGAACUGAAACUGUUGAGAUUCCUGCAGAACAUCUGUUACAAGGUCGAUACCAUUUGCCCGUCUGCUCCUAAACAGCUGCGGCGAAGGAACCCCCAUGACUUGACUGCUCCUCAUAUAGAUGGUGAUAUCCUUACUCGUCUGUCAAACCGUGGGCCGGAUUUUCUUGAAAAUAUCAUUACAUCGUUGGACUCGAAUGCUGUUAGGGAACUUUUCAACCGACUUGCGCUCCAGGCUGUAGGAAAUUUGUCUGUCGAAGCAGUCAUCUCCUGGCUGCGAAAGAUGCUCGAUAUCACUAUCUGA